CAGCUUGUCACAUGGUACAAGGCUGUUGUGAAUGGCCCUGUACCAUGUGACCUCUGUGAUCAUUCACAGAUUUCACUAGUAGUAAGCAAUGAUGUCAGAAGUGACAUCUUGCUUACUACUCUUCAUGUGAUCACUGAUUGGCCAAUCAGUGAUCACAUGCCAUAUAGGGUAAAAGCAAUCAUUUCUUUUCUCUCUAUCUGCAUUCUUGCAGUCAUUGAGAAAUACAGUGAGCUGUGAUUGGUCACAGCUUGUCACAUGAGGCUGUUGUGAAUAGCCUUGUACCAUGUGACCUCUGUGAUCAUUCACAGAU